AUCCAACAUUCGAAGUUGUACUCGCAUCUCGACCGGACGCAGAGCGUUCUGUGGAGUAAUAUAAGAAAUCUGUUAAAUUUGAAAUCUCCGAAACUGAUUAUAGAGAAUAUGUUUCACCCGAAAUUGAAACCGCAUUUCUACGAUAUUCAUUAGUAUUAACGUUACUAUAAUUUCCUUUUCAACACAGUUUUCAGAAAGUGAAGAUGUCAUUAAUUUAAUUAGUGAGAGUGUAUGUCACACUUUUGUAGAAAAAUUUAUUGAAGCAACGCGGGAACACAUCUUAUUUGCAUUUUUCCUGUUAAUUAUAAAUUAUCAAUGUGGUAAUGAAUGUCGGAGUCGUUGUUUGAUAAUGUGCAGUUUUUUGUUGUGUUCCUCCCAAUUUAAUUAUUGAAUAAAAAAUUGUGAAGUCAUCACAUCAGUUUACAAUAUCAGAGGAUUAGUUCACUAUGCUGAAAAAAAGAUCGAAUGGAACUUUUCAAUGUUGAAGCCACAUUCUAAGAAGAAAUAAUGGAUAAAUUGCAUGAUUAUCAAGGAUGUACGGGAAGGCUUCAUGAAUUCAAAGAAGAGUUACGUGCGAAACGCGCCGCUUGGAGGGAAGCACGGCCUGGUGGAUUUGCUCAGUAUAUAAAAGAUAGCAUACGACCAACAAAUGAACAACAGGAUCAUGCAGAAACGGGUGCACCCUGGAGUGAGGAGAAUGUGGAUUUCUCUCACAUUUAUCGUAAAAAAUCACGCCUUGAGCUUAUCCGAGUGUCAACAGCUGUCAUGGGUAUAGAAUUUUCAUAUGCGGCAGAGACUGCAUUCGUAUCACCAACUUUAUUGAAAAUAGGCGUUCAACAUCAACACAUGACACUAGUUUGGUGUUUAUCUCCAUUGGUCGGAUUUUUCCUUACUCCCGUUCUUGGUUCCAUUAGUGACCGCUGUAGAAGCAACUUUGGACGACGGAGACCUUUCAUUAUUUUUCUAUCUCUGGGUGUGUUGCUGGGCUUAUUACUUGUACCGAACGGUGAAGAUCUAGGCUAUAUGUUUGGUGAUCCAGAUCCUUAUAUGAACGGAACAUAUGUCGCUCUUCCGCACAGAUCAACUGCUCAAGUAGAAAUUUAUGAGCGAGAUGAGGCUUCGAAUACAACACCGCCACCAGGCCAUCCAUGGGGAAUAUUUUUUACAAUAUUAGGAACAGUUCUUCUGGAUUUUGAUGCCGAUGCCUGUCAAAGUCCUUCUAGAGCGUAUCUAUUGGAUGUGACUUUACCUGAAGACCAUGCAAGAGGAUUGUCUACUUUCACAAUAAUGGCUGGUUUAGGCGGAUUCAUGGGCUAUUCAUUGGGAGGAAUCGACUGGGAUGAAACGGCUAUUGGGAAAGCAUUCGGUGGCCAUGUUAGAGCUGUGUUCUCUUUGAUAACCAUAAUAUUUAUAAUAUGUGUACUUUGUACUAUCACUAGUUUCAAUGAAAUACCUCUUUGGAUAUUAGAACAAGAAAUCGAAAAACAGGAUCCGCCUCUUUUAAACGAACAUGAAAAAUUAAGUUCAGAGCGAAAUUCGUUUGAUAAAAUUGAAAUGGCUUCAUAUGGCGCAGUAGAAGAAAAUGAUCCGCUACAUGUGCAUGAUAAUGUACGGAGGUAUACGAUUCCUGUAACAAACCAUUAUGAUGUGUUACCUGGCGAUAACUGCGCUGAAACAUCAUUCAUGAACGAAAACCCAAUUGCUACCAAAAAUGCGAAUGCGAUUGAAUCUGACACAAUUACACUGGAAACCUAUUUGAAAUCAAUUGUAUUCAUGCCACAAUCCCUUCGAAUAGUUUGCCUUACCAAUCUCUUCUGUUGGAUGGCACAUGUUUGCUACUCGUUAUAUUUUACCGAUUUUGUUGGAGAAGCUGUUUUCGGAGGAAACCCAAAGGCAAUGGAAGGUUCAGAGGAGUAUAAACGUUACGAAGAAGGAGUACGUUUUGGUUGUUGGGGUAUGGCGAUGUACUCUCUAUCAUGCGCUUGUUAUUCUCUAAUAAUUGAAAAGCUUAUUGAACGCUUUAAGGCUCGAAAAGUAUAUGUAGGAGGAUUGCUGUUUUAUUGUUCCGGUAUGACUCUUAUGGCUUUAACAAAGCAUCGCGUUGGAGUUAUCAUAUUCAGUUGGACAGCUGGUGUUAUGUACUCAACGCUAUUCACAAUGCCCUAUUUACUAAUUGCUCAUUAUCAUUCAGAGGGAAUCUUCGAAAUAGAUGAUGUGGGUGACACGAAACAAAAGAAAAAUAUUCGCGGGUUAGGUACUGAUGUUGCCAUAGUCAGCAGCAUGGUAUUCCUGGCGCAAUUCAUCCUUUCCAUAUGCAUGGGUUCCAUUGUUUCAUGGAGUGGUACAACGACUGCAGUUGUUGGAGUAGCAGCUUUCCUCAGUUUCUUUGGAGCGAUCUCAGCUAGUAGAGUAAUGUAUCUGGACCUAUAGUUGUCAAGUUUAGAAAAAAUGUAGUAAAAUUUAAAACAAAAUACUUUAACGUCCUAAAUGCGUUAAUAUAUGUCUAAGCCACAAUAAAAAUAACAAAUAAAAUGUAUAAAACAUUUAUCAGGUUCCCUCGGCUGCAACCUGAUCGGGCUACAAUACCAUCAAUGAAUAAAAUAUAAACAUAAA